AACACGUGCUUCCGGUUAAUCAAAACAGAUUUCCUCUUUCUGUCGUUAGAAUGGAUAAAAAGGAACUAGAUGUCGUUUGCAAACGAAAGAAAGAAGUAAAUGACCAACUAAAUAGUAUACCAAAAGGAAGAGCAAAAUCGGGGAGACCAUGGAAAUCUAACAGAACAGCUAGAUACUCAGAAAUCAAGAAAGUGAAAUCACUGAAGUCAUCAUGGGACAAAAAAAUGAAGAAAAAGGCAGAAGAACAAUCUAUCAAAAAUUUUGAAAAACAACUGAAAGAAGAAAGGGCUGCUAAAUUAGAGUUACAAAGAAAGAGGCAAGAGGAGCAUAAGAAGAGAAAAUUGGAGAAUGAGAAAAAAUCAGAAGUUGUCCAGGCAAUUAAGAGUACAGCAAAAAUUAAGAGAAUGAAGAAAAAACAGCUCCGACUACUUGCUAAAAGAUGAUUUAAAUGUUUUAAAACAUUUAUUUAUACAGCUCACUUUAAAGACGUAGAUCCAUAUAAUGUAUUAAUUUGUUAUUGAUAAAUAGUAGCUGUAAGAGGUGAAAUCAGUUCCAUAACAAAAUCGAAUUUAUUUACAUAUUGAAUUACUUUUAAGGAGAUAUGUCAUCUUACACUGCCACAAAAACACAUGGUUUAAUUGUCAAGGAAAUUUACUCUCUAAACCAUCCUGGAUAGUCUGAAAUGGACCAGAAACACUUUUUUUUCUGAAUUUUGAUGUAAUAAAUUUAAUAACAGGUUUCAAACAAUACAAGUUAGUAGAAACUUGGUUCGAAAGAUAUUGUUAGGUAUUUGAAUGUGUAAGUUGUGUGUGAGAUAUGUGUCAUUCAUUGUUGAAUUACUUAAAAAUAAAUUGAAACAAAGGCUAUUUUUUCUGUUUUGUUUUAUGCAGACGUUACUAUUA